UUAAUUUACAUACAUUGUUAAUAAUAAAAAGCCCAUGAUGGCCUGAACUAACAUUCCCACGAAUACGGAAAUAGGAAGACACGAAUUAUCUUGCCUCACCUGGAAACAGAUGACACCAACAAUGGCUGCCUCCUGUUCGUUAGUGUGUUGUGAAGAGGAGAGAGAGUCAGAUAAAGCAGUUAUUGUUCGUUUCUCAAACGGCAACGUCAGAAAUGCAGACGAACUGGAUUUUACGAUGUACAAGAGCGCGGAUGAGAAUAACCCCAGGAAAAAGAGCCGACGGAUACUGGUAUCAGAGACCGACCGUCUUUGCUACGUUGGAAAUAACUUUGGAGCAGGUUCUUUGAAGUGCAACAACCUUUGCAAAUAUUAUGUUGGAGUGUUGAACAAGCAGACCAUGCAGAUGGAGGUUCACAAUGCUCAGCUCUUCAACAUGCUGCCUGUUGUACCAGGAGAGAAAACAGAAUCAGCAAAACCCCAGGACACUCCUCAAACCUACAGAGACAAGGUUGACUUGCUGAUUGAGGCGUUCGGCACCAACAAACAGAAGAGAGCGUUGAGCUCCCGAAAGCUGAACCAGGUGGGCAGUGAUACCCUGCAUCAAGCAGUGGCUAAGGCUGCCAGCUCUGUGAUUGAUCAGAAGGGUCUGGAAGCUCUACAACAGGAAGUAGCUGAGACGGAAUCUCAAGCAGACCUCUCUCUCCACCUUCCCCCAUGCCACGCAGAUGCUGACAAACCUGAGAAUGUCUACCUAUUUGAUGAUAUCCUGAGUCCAGUGGACUUUGACGCUUUGGAGGAGGCCGGAUCCAAUCUGGCAGCUCUCACCCCUGAGCAGCUGCAGAAGAUGAGAGACGACGGAGGGUGUCUGAGUGUUGUGAAGCACCUAGAGAACAUGCCAGCUGCAGGUGAAGCCAGAGACAAAAUAACCCGCUGUGCUUUUUACCUUUCUCUGCUGCUCAAACUGGCGCGUCAGAGGAACGUCACCCGCAAGUUUUGGCAGGAUGAAAGCUGUCCUCGCAUCCUUCAGAACAAACUGUUCAAAACAUUCACUGUGGAGACUUUCAACAAUGGCAGACUCCAGAACAUGGUGUCAGCGUCAAUGCGAGCCAAGUUAGCAUCUUAUUCCCUGGCUCUACUUCUGCAUAUGGGUCACAUGACUGCUGACCUCACACUGCUGCACCGUGACCUGGGAAUCACCGAGGCCAGGAUGGCUGAUAUUGCAAAGUCAAUGGGCCUUACUCUAGUCAGGCCAGCGCGAGGAAAGAGCAAGGACGCUGAGCCGCGGGAAGAACACAAGCAGGCCUCUCUGGUGCUACCGCUGGUGAAAUAUGAUCAGUUUAUGGAAAGGAAGAAACGCAAGAAAAUGCACUGAGCACACAAGAAAAGAGAACAGCAAGCAUCCAAACGAGAGGCAUUUAAUAAUUCAUUUUGUAGACAAAUAAAAUUGUGAACUCUUC